AUGGAAUCCAAGAUGGCGACCUCUGGUUCAUCGUUUGAUGCGGAACUUGGCCAAAGGAUCAAAAUUGUUAAGGAAACUCUUGCGAUUGUUAUGAGAUCAGCAAAUAUGGCUAUUAACCAAAAUGCAGAAGUCGACCUUGGAACGAAAUCAGUUGAGGGAGCAAACAACAGACUUGAGAAAAGCUUAGAAGACUUUUAUAAUGCUUGUGACCAGCUGCAGCUUUAUUUGGUAUAAACAAAUUGAAUGUUUUGUGUCUUAACUCUUCAUUGCCCUGGCCAAACAAAAACAGGAGUCAUCAAUAAUAAUUAUUAUUAACUAUGUCAUUAUUGUUGAAGAAUGAGAGCUGUACAAGAGUCUCUGUCCUGUCUAAGUUUCCAUGGUUCAACUAAUAAUAAAAUUAAAUUUGAGUA